GAAUGCACAGCAGGUAAACCAUUUCUGUUUGCUGGUAUUUUUAGAAUUGUGAAACAGCAAGUUUCUGAGGUAUAAAAUCUAAAACGUCACCACGGUCAGAAACUGUUCCUGAACUUUGAGGAAAUGAGGAAUUUAUCCAACACGGUCAUGUUGGUAGAAGCUGCCGCUGUUCUUCUCCUCAGUUUUGUAUCUGUGAGCCGUUCUGUUCCUCUGGCCUGUGAAGAUCUGCUCCGGCCUUUAGGUCAGCCUCACCUUCGUGGUUUAGAGGGCAGAAGGACGAUGGUUGCCGGCAGCAUUAGCCACCUGCCCUUCAUGGAGCUACUGAGAAGCAGAGACAGCGCCACCGCUGAGUUUUCCAACAACGGCGACGAGAGCAGCCUCUUCUUCAGACGCAGCGGCCGUUCAGAUGGCAACUGCUACUACGCGUCCUACAACGUCACCUUGGAGGGCAGCAGCUUCACCUUGGAUGACAUCAAUAUCACCACGACCUUUGUCCACACCUCCUGUCACGACUGCAUCCUGCUGAAAUUUGAUGUGGAGUCAGGAAAGCGACAACACUUCUAUCUGUUCAGCAAGAGGAGACAGUUGGAGGAGAUGGAGAUUGAAGAGUUCAGAGAUCAAGCGACGUGUCUGAACAUACCUCCACCUGUUGUGAUGGAUCCCUCCAAGGAGGUGUGCCCCGAACAGCACACCACUGAUCACAAAGAGGACAAAACAGAAGCAAAAAGUAAUUGAGUAAUGUAUCUUUAAUUGCCAAAAACAUUUUGUUGUGUAGUAAGCAUCUGUUUGCAAAGUUGAUGGCAUUAAAAGAGUCUGUUAAAAGAGUUUUACCAUGAAUGUAUCCGUUUCAUUUAUGCAUUCACAACUUCCAAGUUAAGAGUACUUUCAGUGACGAAAAUGGAUUUAUCAGUGGUUAUGAAUUUGCUUUGUAACUGUCUUUGGAUUUAAGAAUAUGUUAUUGUAGAGGGGUGAAAAACGAGUUCUUAGUAAAUAAAAACAAUAAGUAAGAAAAUAGGCACCCCAACAUAAUUUUAAUUUUUGUAUCUUUACUUUCUCAUUGUACUAAGUUCUUUAGUGUUAUUUUAGUUAAUCUUAUGUAAUUCCACACACAAACCGCUAGGGGCGCUGCCGCGUUGGUGGCAUAGAGACGAUUGAGCACACAAGAAGAAUAAAUCUUCCGGUUGAAUGUGAAGGAAGCUCAACUUGUGUGUCUAGUCUUUCUCAUACCACAGCAUCACACGUUGAGGGAAGUUCUUCUUAUACCUUACCCUCAGCCAUCCAAGGUGGCAGGGUAACAUGAUGAUGCUCUCUCACUCCCCACCAUUAUUUCCGGGAUUCUGUUUUGUGCAAAGAACAUCACUGAAGUAACUGAAGAGGUCCUUAUUAAAAAAAUACAAGAAACAGCUUCUUUGUAAUGGAACCUUCUCUUUUGAUUAUCAUCGUUAUUAUGAAACAGCACAUUCUAUAC